UUCCUCGAUCAGAAGAUAUAUUCAAGGCUAGGAGAUAGACUCUUGCUAUAUCCCUUUCAUUCUUCUAUUCCUUUGGGACAAUAGAUCUAUGAGUAGUGAGGCCCCAAAGAGCAUAGCCCCGAUGAGUGAUUCUGAAUAUGACUCUGAUGCGACUCUGACAGACAAUCCUUUCGUAGGGAUUGAUGCAGAUUCAGAGGAUGAAGAAAAUACAUCUGCUAUGACCCUUCCGCUUGGCAAUCAACCACUAAAUGUUGUGCCUUUGAGUGCCAUUCCAUUCAGUCAAGUGCAGGUUUUAAAUCGGAAAGUGAUUUCGGGUAAAGAAGAGGUUUUUGUUCCUCAUUGGUUGAAGGUACACAAGCUCUACAAAGAUGGAGACUGGAAGGUUUCGAUUUCUAUUAGGGCUAAUGGACACAAAGAUUGGUUCUACAAUCAUCGGGAAUACAAAAAAACAUUCCGCUCCAAGCCUGAAGUUGAACUAUUUAUGGAAAGAACCCUGCUGCACGGGACAGAUAUAUUCAACGGACGUAAACUACAUAAGAAGAAGGCAAUGGGUUCCUAUGGUGAAGGCAGUGGUGGAAGUACAUCUUCCAUGGGAGAGAAAAAGAAUACCAAUACUAAAAGACAGAAGCCCUCGAGUAUUGGAGAUGACCCUAUGAUGCUGAAGCCAACUCUGCCUCACGGUUUUGUUUAGUUUCAGUUGGAACUGCAUAUGUGAACUGGUGAGAGGGAGAGCAACAGAAAAUAAACCUAAUACUUUGCUACAUACCAUUUUCAUGUUGCCUUUAAGAAUAAGUGCACAUUGCAUCAAACUAUUGAUGAUGCUGCCUAGUUAUCGGAUGUUUUUUACUUGAUGUUUGCUUAUGAUUUCAGUUCUGUACCUUUAAGCUUGAUAUAUUGGCUACAUUGUUCUGUUCAAGUUUAUUGGUUGGUAGCAAUCAUGUGGGUUAGUAUUUAA